AGGGGGCCAAUGGACUUUGAUGUACCGGAGUGCUAUGGAAGAGAGAAAUACGCGCCAUCAUUAACGAAUAGAGGGAAAUGACAUUAUGGCAAAAGUGAAUAUUAGCAAUGUUGUUGUAUUAGACAAUCCUUCGCCGUUCCAAAAUCCAUUUCAGUUCGAAAUAACCUUUGAAUGUUUGGAAGAUUUACCUGAAGACUUGGAAUGGAAGAUAAUUUAUGUUGGGGCAGCAGAGAGUGAGGAAUACGACCAGACCCUCGACUCCGUGCUGGUCGGGCCAGUGCCAGCGGGAAAACACAUGUUUGUGUUCCAGGCAGGGCCCCCGGACACAGAGAAGAUACCAGUGGAGGAUGCUGUCGGAGUGACCGUGGUGUUACUGACCUGCUCCUAUAGAAGCAAAGAAUUCAUCCGAGUCGGAUACUAUGUUAACAACGAAUACUCAGAUCCGGAGUUAAAAGAAAACCCACCAAACACUCCCCAGUAUGAUAAGGUGGAGAGAAAUAUAUUGGCCACAAAUCCAAGAGUGACGCGGUUUAAAAUAGAUUGGGACGACACCCCAGGGACUGAUUCUGAAAAUGUGCCCCCAACAAACAGUACUGAGUCUGAAUCAAAUCAAAUGAAGGAGGGGGCAACAGCAGGCGGUAGCAAGCCCCUGGCAUCAGCGUUCAGUACAGAAAGUAACAGCAAUAUGGAGGUCAACUGACCGGGGUCAAAAGUCGUAGGUCAUCUCUAUAACCAUGGCAGCACUCAUCGAUCAGAGUUCCGACCGCAGCAGCUAAUCAACAUCUGGACAUCAUACUGUCUUUGUUUUAUUUCAUUCUAAUUAUUCAUCUUUUCAUAGAAAAUGGAAUUAGUGUAUCCUAAAUUUAGCGAAGGGGCACUGACAGAGAGUGAUGUUUGAUUUAUUUAUUUUAUCGGAUUCAGUUUAAGUUUAUGAAAAUGUAGAAGACCAUCCACCUUGUGCCAUGUUUAACAAAUGUACAUGAAUCCUCAGCUUCUGGAAUAAUUUUGUCAGGUUUUUGGAUGUUUCUUGCUUAUUCAUUGUUAGACACCCUUGUUUGAUUUGUUAUGUAUUAUUUAAGAAAAAAACAACAUAACUCUAAAAAAAGGAGAGAUUGAAACAUUGAGCAUUUGAAUUGUAUCAUGAAUUUACGUUACAAUUAUAAUUGUACAUCAUAUUUACACAAAAUCUUUGUCACCUGUGUCCAUACCAAUCGUGUUUUGAUUUCAAGAAUUGUUUGUUUUUCUAAUGUCCCUGAUAUUGCUUGUAAUUACCAUUAUUGAGGUUGUAUCAGGAGGAGGGAAUUCUCCCAUAGUGCUACUGUAAAACAUUGACAUGUAUUUAUAUCUAUAUGAAUAAUAUUAUAUCUCUGUGAUUGAAAAAAAUUCAAAACGUAAUAAACCAAAUUAUUGCUGGCUGAAGGUGGUAUGGGACACUUCCAUGUUGUGAAGUACUACCGGUAUAGAUCAAAAUAAACAAUAAAGUAAAGUGUAAAAUUAUAAAUAGUUUCUUUCCCAAAAUUGUCACCUAGCUGAUAGUGUAGCACAGUAGGUUAGUGGGUUCACUACAUAUCUGUAAGUCAGGAGCUUGAACCCCGCUGGGGUAUUUUGAAAUUUUUACCUUUCCAAAAAAAUUUAAACAUGUUUUGGUUGAAUAUUGUAAAAUUGAAAAUUCUAAAGGGUUGAAGGUAUUUUAAUUAUAAUGUACUUUAAUCCACAUUGAUAUUGAAAGAUGUUCCAUACCACCUGUCCGUAAUAUCCUAUAUCAAACCUUUGUAGUAGUGAUAUGAUCAUGAUUGUACUGUAUAUUCUGUAAACCUGAGUACAUGUAUCAAAUGAAAAGUACCCUCAGACAAAAGUAGCUUUAUACAUUGGAGACGGGUAAAAACUAUUUAAUUUAAGAAAUAUUUGUGAUUACUGUAUUAACAAGAAAAAUGCAACCCUACAUUAAAUGAUUGGUAAUCAAAUUGUACAGUCACUGUCGUGGAUUUGAAACGUAGAUGCAGGAAUAUUAUGAAUGUGACAUUUUGUCCAUACUUAAAAAAAAUCAACAAUAAACUGCUUAAAGAUCA